AUGGAUGAUGAUUGUAAGGAUUACAAGAAACUUAAACCACAACAACAGCUAUACAAACCUGGUAGUGGACCUUUAAGGCGAUCUAGGUAUGGUCUGGACGCCAAAAUGGAAUCAUUUGACAUAGAGAACAGUACCAGAGGAAGGGACAAAUCUCAUUAUGGCUCCCACCAGUCUAUAAAUGGGGAAGAUGUGCCUGCAAGCAAUCGUUAUAGAAAACCUGAGCAACAACUAUAUGUACCCAGAUCUGGAGACUCAAGUGCUGAUAUUGAUAAAAGAGGUAAAUCAUCUUUCAAGUGUGAUAAUUCUAGUCAAUAUGGGAGUAGACAAAAAUCAAACAAACAAGAAAAUCAUGGUUCAGGUAGUUCAGGAUCAUAUAAUAAGGACUCAUCAGUAAGAGAUUCUCAACAUAGGGAUGGAAGUAAUGACAUAAAUUAUAAUAGACAUUAUAGACAGGGUUCAGAAGCUAGAUCUAUGUCACCCAUGCAAGGUGCACAUGACCAGAAAUCUUUAGAUAGAAAUAGAGACAGCAGAAGUAUGGAGACAUGGGCCGGCAGGCACAAAUCAAGUUCAGGUGGUAAACCACCUUCCGGAAGAAGGAAUUCAGCAGGGUUUUGUUCUGAGCCUCGCCCAAAGCAUAUGAUAAAUUUAGACAAUUUACCACCUAGAUUUAGAAAAAAAUAUUUAGAAUCAACCGGACAUCAAAGUUUUGAUAGUGUAGACCAAUUGAAUAAAAACCAAUAUGGCAGCAGUGAUAUGUCUCAGUCCCAAUAUAUCCCUAAUCAGUUUUACAGUUCAAACACCACUAAUUGGUCUCAAACCCUUCCCUCUAGAGGCCGGGGUCGCUUAAGAGAUAAUGAAAGCUUUGAUAGGGAAAAAUUUAUAAACACAUACAUUAAAAAUUAUGAAGUACAAAAUUCAAGAAGGUCAACCCCGAGCAGUUCAUACAUUAAUUUGUACGAAUCUACCGUCAAUGAAAGCAAAAGCCUUUCAGAAAAAUUAGAUUCCCUAAACAUUGAAUAUGAAAGUCAAAAUAAUUUAAAUAAUGGCGCUACAAUAAGUGGGAGUAACACAAAUGAAGUUCAAUACAGCGACAAGGAAUCUGAGGAUAAAGUGGAAAGUACUGAAAACCAAAAUGACAGUGAAUCAUUAUCUCAUUUAUCAACAAAUCUUUCUGACAUGACAAAUUUGGAUUGGACUGAAGAGGUUGAGAAAAAUAUAAAACUUGAUGAUGUAUGUAAUUCAUCAGCAUCUUUUUCACAAAGUGAAAGCUUCUCCCAGAAGAAACCAAGCAAUAAACCAGAGGUAAAAGAGGCCGAACCUCGAGAAUCGAAACGGAGUGCCAGGUCGAGACGUAGAGACAGAAGGAGCUCAAGCAGAGGACAUAAAAACACCGAAAAGAAAGAACGGAAUAGGAAAGACAGCAAUGUAAGUGUAGCUUACGAACCUGAGAGGAGUCGAAAGGAUAGUAAUGUUAGUAUACAAUACGACGCUACGUACGGACCCAAACAGAGGGAGAGGGAACGAAGAGACAGUCACAGGAGCAAUCGAUCAUCGACCAUAGGAAAUAGCAGAGAUGACCUCGACAGGUGGAGGUCAUUGAGGUCUUACAGUCGGGAACACAGCUCUGAAAGGAGAAUAGUAUCACAGUGUAAUAGCAGAGAUACGUCUGCAAACAGAGCUACCAGCCCUAAAGAUAAUGAGGGUUUCAGGGUUCCGACUAACACCGCUAAAACAUGGUCCGCUGCAAACCAGAAGAGAAGCAAUGGUCCUGUAAACGGUCGUGCUGGAAGCUCCGAGCGUAAGUCACCGGAGCACGAGGGCGGCGGCCGGCGCUCCAAGAAGAGAUACGUGAGGAAACGGAGGAACGCAGAGAACACACAGCCAGCGAACAACUCGUCAGCAAACAUCAACUGGAGGGACGAGAUCAUUGAGUCCAAGAAACAUGACAGAUCUGAAGGCACUCAUAACAGAAAUAGGCUGAACAGCGUUUUGUCUGAAAAAUCCGUAACAGAGACCGGUUCUCAGCCCGGGCUAAUUAUCUUGCCGCAGAGUUCAAUGACCCAUUUUCAGAAAGACCAAAACAUUCGUGGAACACCAAACGAAACCCAGAAAACAUUAUUUGACCAUCACAAUCCGUCAAAACCGAUUAUCAUACAGACCACUCCAUCAAAACAUGACAUGAGAAUGGAAAGAGGUGUAAAGGAGUUUCCGCGGUACGGUUGUUCAGAGGGCGAGCGUGCUGCUCGUCAUACAGCGUUACUACAGACCGUAGAUCGAGCGGACGCGAUACUCAAAACACAUACCCUUCAGGGACCACUGGCGUUGGCGGCAAACUGGUCAGACGUGUUGGAUACCAGGAAGUUUCUACAAGGAGCUCUUCAGAGACUGCUCAUGUCUGAUCUAAAAUUUUGUCAGGCUGACAACAUAGAACAGCAGUUCUGGAAGAUUCUAUACUAUCAUUUUAUAGAGAAUCUAAGGAAAAGUAUCGCGACAGUAACGCCCGAAGAAAAACCUGAAGUUGUCAAACUGAUAAAUACCAUUAUAGACGAAGGGAAUACCUUCUUUGAGAAUCUUGUACAGAUGUUAGAGAAAACUUAUAAAUUUAAUACUGAAGACUAUUUGAACGACAAUCACGUGUUGCCGCCCAAGGGUCUCGGUUAUGUGGGUUUGGCACUGAUAUCGGUACAGAAAUUGUACGUGUUUCUCGGAGACUUGGCCAGAUAUAAGGAACAAGUUAACGAAACUAACAACUACGCCAAAAGUAAAUUAUGGUACACGAAAGCACAGCAAAUAAAUCCCAAAAAUGGCAGACCAUACAAUCAGCUGGCAAUAUUAGCAAUAUACGCUAGAAGAAAAUUAGAUGCAGUUUAUUAUUAUAUGAGAAGCUUAAUGUCCUCGAAUCCGUUCCAAUCAGCUCGUGAGAGUUUACUAUCUCUGUUCGAUGAAAAUAGAAAAAAGUACGAGGCGGCGGAGCGUAAGCGGCGUGCUGCAGCGGAGUCAAAGGCUGGUGAUAGUGGCGACGGUGCCACGGGAGGCUCCGGUGUGAGGGGAGGACCGCGAGGAGCCGCGGGUGGCGCCGGUGUGAGAGGAGGACUGCGGCGGGAGGUGUGGGUCAGACCGAGCGGACACCGCACCACUACACUCAGCCACGCGAGGCGGGACUCCUUCAAUAGCAUCACGCCCGUCGAGUUAAACAAAACCUUCAUCACCAGCUACUUACACGUUCACGGGAAGCUCAUUACUAAGAUCGGUAUGGAGACGUUCCACUCAUGCGCGUGUCAGAUGCUCCGUCAGUUCCGUUCCCUCCUCAACCGAGUGCCGCUGCCGACGCCAGCGCCUCGCCUGCUGCAGCUAACAGCACUCAACAUGUUCGCUGUAGAGACGACCGCACAGGCCAAAGGUAGUAAUGGCGAGGAGCGCUCGGCUUGGUUGGAAUGCGCUUUGGGCGUGUCUCUGCUGAUGUUCGGUGCGCUGCUCGAGAGAUGCUGCGCGCUGCUGCCCGAGCCGCAGCACACCCAGCAGCACGCUGAUGCAUUGCUACUUCUGCCUGCCAUUAAGAUGUGGUCGGACUGGAUGUUAUGUCAUAGCAGUAUUUGGAAUCCGCCACCGAGUUUUGACAAUUUCGAAAUAGAAAGCGAAAACGAUCCCUGGGAUUGGCUUGCGAAGCUCAUGAACAUAUUAGAAGCCCUGGACGACAAAACAUUAGAAUUUGAGAACGAACCGAAGGAAGGAUAUAUUCCCGUAAGGCUGCCGGAGGAUGCUUCCCUCGCCGGGUUCACGCCUCUCAUGUACAUGGAGCAGGCGCUGGCGCACGUGGCGCCGCACGCGCACGUCGCGCCUCACGCCGCUGAACACGCGCUGCGCAUGCGCAAGCUGCUGUUCUUCGGGACCGAAUACCUGGUGGGUGUUGAGCCUCCGGUUCUCAAGUUGGAGUACCCGGUCGGUGAACAGCCGCGGUAUGUGAGUGCUGUACAACGAGCACAAGCAGACUACCCACCAUUACAACAUCUCUCUGAAGACUCGGAAGUCGACGAGAGCGUGAGUACGACCAGCGGUCCGACGAGUCUCAGCGAGGCUGUGGAGGCUGCAGACGACGACACCAGGGACCUGCUGAGACGAAGAGACCUACUUGAGAACAGGCGGGCCACCAUAGAGAAACGCCGACAACGGAUGCAGGAGAUGCUAAGUACCGGAUGGGUGAGCGUAGAGGUGGAAGUUCGUCCGCGUUGGUUGGUACCAGACACGAACUGCUUCAUCGACCACCUACCGUUGUUACAAGCGGUGGCCAACGCACCCUCACAUCCAUACAACCUCGCCGUGCCGCUCGUUGUUGUUACGGAGCUCGAGGGUUUGAAGAAGUGUUCCCGUUUGGGGGGUAAGGCGAGGGACGCCCUGGCCUGGGUGUGCGGGGGCGGGGCGGGGGGUGCGGGAGGGGGCACUGUGAGGUUGGCUACAGCCCGGGGCUCCUUGCUGACGUCACGAACCUUCACCGCCGAGCAGGAUGAGGGUAGAGCCACAAACGACGACCGCGUACUGGCCACAGCACUUAACCUUCAGGCGAAUCUCACAGCUGACGGAGCGGAGGUCCGAGCGGACGGCGGCUGUGUUCGCGUGGUGGUGUUGGUGACGGACGACCGCAACCUGCGAGUGAAAGCUUUGUCGGCAGACCUGCCAGCCAAGGACCUGCUGUCGUUCGCACAGUGGGCAGGGCUGCACACUGAUACGGUAUACAUACAUACAAGUUCAUUAAAAUCUCAUACAUUUGACAUUGCUUACACUAAUUCCCAGUGUGUACAAAAACCGAAGUCGGAGAGCCACAGUGCUGAUGUUUAA